AUGCUGAGUACGAGAACUGCAUUGGAGCUGUUGAUUCUUUUGUUCAAAUCAUGGUCAAGGGCACCUCCCACUCAAAGAAGAAAGCUUCUCCUAGGCCUAGCUAAGGUUUGUCAGAUAGGUUACAGAAUGGGAGGAAAAAUCAGGAAGAGAGACAGAUUGAAGACUAAAAAAAAAACAUGCAGCACCUGGGAUUCGCUGGUAGUCACCCACCCAACUACUAACCAGGCGGCGUGUGGCUUAAGUACGGCUGAGCGGACGGGAAGCCCUGUUUUCCACACCCUAUGGCCGCAUGUACUAGAUGUCUCUGGUCAAGUGGUUAUCAGUCAAUGGUUCCAACUCGACACUCUCUUACAACAUUGGAUAUAA